CUUCGAAUGAAGAUAUACGUUGAGUUGGGACUCGAUGCUGGAUUUCAAAUAGCUGUUAUUAUAGUUGUUUCACCCUCCAUUGCCAAUGUUCAAAACCCUAGCAGAUAAAUAAAUGGUCCAGGCAAACAAGAAGACCGAAAUGCGAUGACUACCAUUUCACGGAUCUUUCGCUCAGGUCGCUCCUCUCUCUCUGACUCCACUCCCGGUCGUUAUCCUUCCACUUCUGCCUUCUCCACAGCGUCUCUCCCUUUCCUUGACUCAGAGGAGAGCCCAUCAGCGACAUUCUCCGAGAACCAUCGACGACUGCAGCACCAAACACAUCCCCUUCCAAAGUCACGAGAUGAAAGCGAAAACCAACUUGUUUCUCUCAUUAAAUCCUGUUCCAAGAAGACCCAUUUGCUUCAAAUCCACGCCCACAUCAUCCGUACAUCUCUCAUACAAAACCACUUCAUCUCUUUGCAGUUUCUGUCUCGGGCGGCGCUCUCGCCAUCGCGUGACAUGGGCUAUUCCUCCCAAAUUUUCUCUCAGAUCAUGAAGCCUUCUGGGUCUCAAUACAAUGUCAUGAUCAGAGCUUACUCUAUGAGCCAUUCGCCUGAGCAGGGGUUUUAUCUGUACCGGGAAAUGCGACGGCGAGGUGUUCCUCCAAACCCCUUGUCGUCUUCAUUCGUUAUGAAGUCUUGUAUCAGAAUUUCUUCGUUAAUGGGUGGAUUGCAGAUUCAUGCUAGGAUUUUGAGAGAUGGGCAUCAAUCUGAUAAUCUUUUGCUCACUACUUUGAUGGAUUUGUAUUCGUGUUGUGAUAAGUUUGAAGAAGCAUGCAAGGUGUUUGAUGAGAUAGCUCAGUGGGACACCGUUUCAUGGAAUGUAUUGAUUUCUUGCUGCAUGCACAAUAAGCGGACCCGGGAUGCUCUGAGAAUGUUUGAUAUUAUGCAGAGCACAGCGGAUGGGUUUGAACCGGAUGAUGUUACUUGCUUGCUUCUCCUUCAAGCUUGUGCUAACUUGGGUGCAUUAGAGUUCGGUGAACGGGUUCAUAAUUAUAUUGAAGAACAUGGAUAUGAUGGUGCUCUCAAUUUGUGUAAUUCUCUUAUAACAAUGUACUCACGAUGUGGACGAUUGGAGAAGGCUUAUUCUAUCUUCAAGAGGAUGGAUGAGAGGAAUGUAGUUUCAUGGAGUGCAAUGAUUUCUGGUUUUGCUAUGCAUGGAUACGGUAGAGAGGCAAUUGAAGCUUUUGAACAGAUGCAGCAGUUGGGUGUAUCUCCUGAUGAUCAAACUCUAACAGGGGUUCUUUCUGCUUGUAGUCACUGUGGGUUGGUUGAUGAAGGCUUGAUGUUUUUUGAUCGGAUGAGCAAAGUAUUUGGCAUAGAGCCUAAUAUCCACCAUUAUGGGUGUAUGGUUGAUCUCUUGGGUCGUGUUGGUUUGCUCGAUCAGGCCUACCAGCUUAUAAUGUCAAUGGUGAUUAAACCAGAUUCAACAAUAUGGAGGACUUUACUUGGGGCUUGCAGAAUUCAUCGACACGUCACCCUUGGAGAACGAGUAAUUGGACAUUUGAUUGAACUCAAGGCUCAAGAAGCCGGGGAUUAUGUUCUGUUGUUGAAUAUUUAUUCUUCAGUUGGUAACUGGGAUAAGGUGACAGACUUGAGGAAGUUUAUGAAGGAGAAAGGAAUUCAAACAUCACCUGGCUGUAGUACAAUUGAACUGAAAGGAAAAGUGCAUGAGUUUGUGGUGGAUGAUAUUUUACAUCCUCGGACUGAUGAAAUUUAUGAGAUGCUGGAUGAGAUUGGAAAGCAACUGAAGAUUGCUGGUUAUGUUGCUGAAUUAUCAUCGGAAUUGCACAAUUUGGGUGCUGAAGAAAAGGGAAAUAGGUUGUCCUAUCACAGUGAGAAGUUGGCCAUUGCUUUUGGAGUCCUUGCAACUCCACCAGGCACGACAAUUAGGGUGGCCAAGAACCUGCGAAUCUGUGUUGACUGUCACAAUUUUGCAAAGGUCCUUUCAGGGGCUUAUAAUCGUGAGGUGGUUAUAAGAGAUCGCACACGGUUUCAUCAUUUCCGAGAAGGGCAGUGCUCUUGCAAUGGCUACUGGUAGGGACAUGACGUCGAGAGAAGACAUGCUCAGACGUAAAACUCAACCUACUGUCUAGGAUCAUCAUUUAGAAGGAUUUCAGAUUUCCCAGCUUAAAUAAAAUGCAGUAGAGUUUCUAUUAUAUGAUGAUCUGAUAUCCAGUGGGACAUUAGGGGUGUCAUUUGAAGGAGGACUACAAUUCUACAAUUACCGGAACAGCUUGUGUAAAUCAUGGGAAAGAGCCUUGUUUCUAUCUUGGACCGCGUGGCAAAUUUUAACUGAGGGUCUUGUUUCUUGAGGUUAGCCCAAAGGCCCCAAGGUCCCUUUGUGCUGAAGCUUCCUCUGACUUGUACCAUUCAUUACCUGAGCGAUGGAGAUUCCUACCCAACAAGGGUUGAGUGAUGUCACAGACUGAAGCUUGAAGGCAAUGUUCAAUGAUUACAGUGAGAUUAAACCAAUGUGCAUCACAGUGGAUCAGCAUUUUAGUUUAUUUAUUUAUGUGCAACUUAAAUUUUUAUACGGCACCGUACUGUCCUGAGACUGUGUAGAGCAGGAUUGCAGUGAAAACGUAAGGCACAAGCAUAUUUAUGGAAGGCAGAGCAAAAUCAAUUCCUUUUCUGAACGGCUGACUUUGUUAUGAAAUUAUUAAAUUAAUCUAUCUGCACAAUCAAAUUCUUUUUCUGA